GAGAGGGCGGCUCCCGCCCCGGAAGGUUCCGAAACGGAAGUGGGGUAUGGGAAGCGACAGUUGCCAUGGAAGCUGCGGAGGACUGGCUGGUGGAAUCCUUGCGCUUGUACCAGGAUUUCCAUGCAUUCGACCUCUCAGGAGCCACUCGAGUCCUUGAAUGGAUUGAUGACAAAGGAAUUUUUGUUGCUGGCUACGAAAGCCUGAAAAAAAAUGAGAUUCUUCAUCUGGUGUUACCUCUCAGACUUUCUGUAAAGGAAAACCAGGGCUUAUUCCCAGAAAGAGAUUUCAAGGUAUGCCACGGAGGAUUUUCCAACAGGGCUGUCUUUGAUCUGAAGCACGUGCCAGAUACCAGGUUGCUUGUGACCAGUGGCCUUCCAGGUUGUUACCUGCAGGUGUGGCAGGUCGCAGAGGACAGCGAUGUCAUUAAAGCUCUCAGCACCAUCGCUGUGCAUGAGAAGGAGGGGAGUGUCUGGCCCCGGGUGGCCAUCUUCUCGUCAGGGGCACCUGGGGUCCUCCACGGGGUGCGGCUCAGUGGUCUGAAGGUUGUGGAUCUGGCAUCCCAGAAGACCACGUACACCUCAGGCAUCAGUGACAGUGAGGAGCUGAGUAGCCUGCAGGUCCUGGAUGCAGACACCUUUGCCUUCUGCUGCAACUCGGGCCGCCUGGGGCUUGUUGACACCCGCCAGAAGUGGGCACCGUCAGAGAAUGCCAGCCCCAGCGCUGGGUCCGGUGGAGGAAGGUGGUGUGCACAAGCCGGGGGCGGGGGCAUCGCCAGGCUGUGCUCAGAUGGCCAGCUCUGUCUUCUUGACCCCCGGGAUCUCCGCCAUCCUGUGAGCUCAGUCCGGUGCCCAGUGUCCACACCUAGCCCUGACCCGGAGCUGUUGCAUGUGACCUGGGCUCCAGGCCUGGACAACUGCUUGGCCAUUUCAGGUUUUGAUGGGACAGUCCAGGUCUAUGAUGUCACGUCUUGGGCUGGAAUGGAGGGCCAAGUAGAACCUCUCUUCACUCACAGAGGUCACAUUUUCCUAGACGGCAAUGGGGUAGACGCUGCUCCACUGGUCACCACCCACACCUGGCACCCCCACAAACCAAGGACUUUGCUCUCGGCUGCGAGUGACGCCUCUCUGCACGUGUGGGACUGGGUGGACUCACGUGCCUCCCACUGACUCCAGUGGUUUCUGCCAGGCCUCGAGGAAGAGGAGCAGCUGCUGUCCAUUAAGGGUACUGAUGUAGGACUCAGGUGACCACAGGUCCCUGUUACGAGCUGAGUGGCUUUAGGCAAGUUAACCAGCCUCUCUUAGCCCCAGUUCCUUUAUUUGUAAAAUGACAAUAUUAGUAACUGCCGCAUAAGUUGUUGGGGAAGUUAAAAGUAAUAUAUGAAAAAACAGCUGGUAGGAUGAUUGGCACAGUAAAGAUUUGGUAGCUACUCUUCUUUCAGAGCAGUUGUGUGUAACAGGUUUCAAUCCCCUGGGCUUUCGGCACGUAGGCAUCUCACAGGCCUGAGAGAUGCUGUCCUUACCUAGUGGGCUGUGGGAGGGAUUCUCAAGACUACAGUUGACCAUAUACAGUCAUUCCCUAUGCACUGACCCCCACACGUAAGCUGUGACUCACAGCAGUUUGCACAGUUGGGAGACUGAUGUAACGUAGUGACUAAGAUACCCGUGUUGGAGUCAGACAGAUCAGGGCCCAAGUCCUGCCUCCGAAAUGGGCCUAAUUCUAGUACCACCUCGCAGAGUGGCCGAGAUGGUGAAAUGAAACCCUGCAAUAAAGUGGUUGGCAGAGGGCCGGGCACACUGAGUACUCAGUGAAUUUGGCUGUAUUUUCACUCUGUUCUGGACUGGAGGACUGAUGCAGCUGUGAUGAAGACUAAAGCUAGAGUCCUGGAGAGAAGUAAAGGGAGAAGGGCUUGUUCUCUGGGGUGGAGUGCAUUCAAAGCAGGUGAGUGGGAGCCCGCGUCCUGCGCUGAAUCAGCUGGGAGGCCAGGGUCAUGCUCACCAGACAGUGGAAUUUGCAAGCCCCACAUGGCCUAAUAUAUUCCUGAUAAGUUCUUAAUUGGAAUUUCUACCUACGUAAAGAAUUUCACAUCGAAAAGAGGGGACUGAUUUAAAAUAAUCCAUACCAGAUUUAUUUCCUGGCCAUAUAAAAGUUCUAAGCUCACAUUUCUGGCUACAUCUUUGAAAACUAUUUCUAAAAAUAGCUCUUUGAAAAAGUCUCCUCAAUGGCAGCAAAUUGAGAUCCUUUGAAGGGAUUCUGUUUUUGGAAAGCAGAAAUUGGGCCAAGCCAAGCAAGUCUCGUGGAUUAGAAAGAUGACCAGGCUAAAUAAUGAACACGCUGUUGUCUGUCAGCAUUUAUUUAGCCCUCCUAUGUGCCAGACACGUGUGUGCAGGAAAUACACGGAUGUGAGGCUUUCUAAGGUGGUUUGAAGACAGUCCUUAAAGGAAAACUUAAUGUCAUCAGUAGCGACAACAACAUAGAAAGGCCACAGCUCAUCAAAGUGACUACUUGUGACAGACAACACUUAUUUGGGUAAGUUCUUUAUGUUCUUAAAAAAGACUUAAUAGUCAUUCUGUAGGUCUAGAUACAAUCAUGAUACAUGCAAUUUGUGCUUUGUUUUAUAAUUGCUGGGUUUCCAGAAAGUUGUAGGAAAACAUUUUUAAAUCCAGCACACAAAGGAGACUAUUUUAAGAGGGAGAAGCUGUGUUCAGUGUAUUUCCAAGCACCAUUUGCUCUGUAUGUCAGUCCCCACAGGGACUCAGCUCCUGCAGGCGCCCCCAUCGCAGGGACCGAUGACCUGCACAGGGCCUCCCCCUUAGGAUCUGGACACCCGAGUACAGACAGAGGCAGGUGAUACAGAGGUAAACUCUCGAACUAGGAGUCUUCUGAGUCAAUGGCAUGGUUCUUAGUAUUGCUCUGGACAUAUUUACAGCAGAAGGCUUUUCCCACUUCAUUAUCCUGGUUCACAUCUUGUCUCAGUCUCCCAUUUUUAGGAUAAGCCUGAGAUGUAAGGCUCUGCAGCAGCCCCAAUGGCAUUGGAAUAUUUCUGCCAUGCAAAAAUUCUGUUUAGGCUGAAUAGAAAUUGCUGGUUUUGUAGAUCAGAAAUGGGAAUGUCAUAUGGUUGAACUUAAUAUGUUGAGAGGAAGAAUAGGUUAUGGUUUAGAAAGUCAGCCUUUAGCAGUGAUCUUUUUUCCUUUUCCCUGCCCCAAAUAUAAUAGAGAGCUUUCCUCUCAAUUAACUCCAUGUAAAUCCUGAGAAAAGGGAUGUGGAGAAAUGUAGGCAUGUCCUGGCCCCAACCCUCCCGUAGAAAACAGUGGAGACCUUUAAACUGUAUGUAGUUAAUAACUCCGUGUCUAGCUGCCCUUCUCUUUCUGAGAAGAAACAGUUCAGCCAUUGCUGGUUCUGCAGCUGACCCCACCGUCAAUGCCAUUAGCGCAGGAGGCAGAGCCUGCCCCCCAUUCCUGAGGGCAGUGUCUCUGCGACAAGAAGCUCACCCUCGUACUACCAAUCUGUGAAAAUUAAGGCACAGAAUUACAGUGAUGAUGCACUGAGAUGGUGAUACAGUCAAAUUCAGAACUGGUCUCCGUUCUAACAGCCUGGGUAAGAAAGCCCUGAAAGCUCAUAAGCCAAGGGAGCAUUUAGUGAGAGAAACAAGAAAAGGUUUGUUGGGCUGGGAUCUGUAUCCUCUCUUCCUCCUUGUGGGUGUCGUGGUAUGUCCCCAUCGGGGACAGAUUCCUUCAUGUUCUCACACUGGAUGCUGUAAAGACACUGCUCCUGCGCUUAGAGUCUUUCUCCCACAUGGGCUCUCCGAUGUGCACUAAAAUGUGAAUUGUUGUUGAAUCUCCUCCCACACUCACUGCACUCAUAGGGUCUUUCUCCUGUGUGAAUUCUCUGGUGUAUGAUCAGACUCGAGCUCUGAUUGAAACUCUUCCCACAUUCCCCACAUUUAUCGGGUCUCUCUCCAGUGUGAAUUCGCCUGUGGGUGAUGAGGUUUGAGCAGUCGCUGGAACUCUUCCCACAUUCGAGAUAUUCGUAGGGUU